CAUAAAAAAAAAAAGGCAAGAGAGAGAGAAAGAGGGGCGACCCGCCCAAUCAAAUGCACCCUGAAAACCCUAGCAACAUCGAACCCUAGACUCAACCAUCACUGAACAACACGACCUUCGUCGAUUCAAUAACCCUAAUAUAUAUCUAAUAACGAAAUUCUGAUACUGCAAUCUUUGAUUUGAAACAAAACAAAACAUGCCUCCGAAGCAACAAUCCAAAGCCGACAUGGCGAAGAAGCAGAAAGUUGUAGAGGACAAGACCUUCGGUCUCAAGAACAAGAACAAGAGCAAAAAUGUCCAGAAAUAUGUGCAGAAUCUUCAAUCAUCCGUACAAAACAAGACCGACGCAUCCAAAAUCGCCGCCAAGAAGAAGAAGGAAGAAGAGAAGGCUAGAGAGAAGGAAUUGAAUGACUUGUUCAAGAUUGCUGUUGUUCAGCCCAAAGUACCACCAGGUGUUGAUCCCAAGUCUAUUCUAUGCGAAUUUUUCAAGGCGGGGCAGUGUGCAAAGGGUUUUAAAUGCAAGUUCUCGCAUGAUUUGAAUGUGCAGAGGAAGGGUGAGAAGAUUGACAUUUAUAGUGACAAGCGUGAUGAAGAAACAAUGGAGGAUUGGGAUCAAGAGACAUUGGAAAAGGUUGUGGAGUCAAAGAAGAAUGAGUAUAACCAGAAUAGACCAACCGAGAUAGUUUGCAAGCACUUUCUUGAUGCAGUGGAGAAGAAACAAUAUGGUUGGUUUUGGGUUUGCCCAAAUGGUGGCAAAGAGUGUCACUACAGACAUGCUCUUCCUCCAGGAUAUGUGUUGAAAUCUCAGAUGAAGGCACUUUUGGAGGAAGAGGCUAACAAGAUGCCUAUUGAAGAAGAGAUUGAAAGUCAGCGUGCAAAAGUAGCAACUUCAACUCCAAUGACUCCAGAGUUGUUCCUACAAUGGAAGAAGAAACAUAUGGAUGAAAGAGAAGCUGGCUUGGCUGCCCAGCGAGCAGAGAGGGCUAAGAAUGACCGCAUGAGUGGUCGUGAGUUGUUUCUUUCAGAUUCUAGCUUGUUUGUGGAUGAUGCUGAGGCUUAUGAAAAAUACCAAAGAGAAGAGACUGAUGUUAGUGAACAUAAGGUCCAGGAAAAUCUAGCUGCAGGUCCAAGCACUUCAACAAGUGUGGCUGUUGAUUCUGAAGAAGCCAUGCCCGAUGUUGACGAUGACGAAGACGAUGAUGAUGAGCUGGAUUUGGACGAGUUAAAUGAGCUUGAAGCAAGUUUGUCGAGAACAUCUAUUCAAAUCAGCGAGCCAGGUAUAAAGGCUUCAUCUUGAGAGAGAGAGAGAGAGAGAGAGAGAGGGUAUAAUUGUCAUUAUUGGCAACCUCAUUGCAUACGCUUUUUUGUGUGCGCACACACGAGUGUGCGGGGACCAGCUCGGCGUACAG